AUGAUUAGAGGAGACUCCAUUGAGUUCAAGCAUCUUGCAAAUAGCUAGAUAGUAAUUUGCAAAUCUAGCAAAGAAAUUCAGGAUGGAUAAGCUUCAAGAAGAGAUCAUUUAUUCUAAAAAUUACCUUCCUUAGAUUGCACUCAACCUAAUAAAGUUUGGUAAAUAAAAAAAGGAGGUUCUGCAAAAUGUAUUAUUGACUCGGAAAGAUUGUCAACAGCAUAAAAACCACUUACUCCCUAGUAAUUAUAGAAACAAAAAAGUUAAGUAAUCCAAAUUGAAGAGAACAACUAAUUUGAUCUUGGUUCAAGUCUUCAUUUCUAAAGAUUAUUUACUGUAAAGAACAAAGUUAAAUCCUCUAAUGGAUGUGUUAAGACAUCAAGAGAUGAAAACACAAGUGCAUACAAUAGUAAUAUGGUUCUCAAAAAGUCUUAGUAUCAUCAUACUUAAUUAUCAUAAACACAAUCUUCGAUCCAAUUUUAGUAGUGUCCAUUUUCAUCAGGAAAAUCAAUCAAAGAUAUUCUAUCUUAAUUUAAAGAUAAAAAGUAUAAAUUUUAAUUAUAUUUUAGACCUAAAAUUGGAAUUACAAGACAUAGUGAAUUUGAGAAAAUGGAAGGACUGGAUGACUAUGCAAAAGAAUUUGGAUAAAUCUUAGCUUAGGAUUAAUUAGUUGGACAGGUGAUUGGCGAUGUUCAUGAAAUGAAAGGAGUUGUUAAAGCAUUAAUAGAUUUAAGCAAUGGAAACAAAUUACCAUAUCAUUUUGAAAGUCUCAAACAAUUGCAUUUGAAUCUCAACAUAACGGAUUAGAUGUUUAAUCGAUUUAAAUAUCUCUAUAUAAAAAAACUAAUAGAUAUGAAAAUAGGAAUGGAAGUCAUAUUUAAAUGUGCAUAAACAGUAGAGUAUUACAGGGGAGCUAUUAUAUGCAAUGUAUCUAUUCUAAUUAUUGUAAUAGUCUCGCUCUGUUCAAAAUGUGAAAGAUAGCAUAAGAACCAUAGCCAAAAAUAUGUACGCUUAAAUUUUUGAAGAUUUCUCAUUGAGUCCAUUGUUCGAAGGAACUAAACAAGAGGAACAAGCGAUCAAAUUCAGUAGAAUCUUCGGGUUCAUUUUAGGAUCUUCAGAAUCGACUAACUAUGUGAUGGACUCAAUGAGAGACUUUCACAAGGCCUUUCGAAUAAAUUCUGUUUAAUACUCAGUUUUCAAAUACUACUUAUCAGGUGCUUUGUCUAAACAUGCUGAAAAAGAUGUGGUCUGGUAUAUACUUGAAUAAACAGAUGCCUACAAAGCUGCUGUAAUUGAUUAGGAUAGUAUCAAAGAUUUAGUUUAUAAAUAAUUUGGCAUCGACAACUUUUGUAGUGAAUUCAUUAAGUUAUGUUAAACAGAUCCCUAUAUUAAUAAGAAUUUCAUACAUAAGAUUGGAUAUGAUCAAUUUGUUUAGCAUACUAAAUAUUUCUUACAUUACGCAUUUAACAAAUAAAAUAAUUGUUUUACUCUUGAAGAUCUAAGUUAAUUGCAUUGUCAACAUUAAAUUAAUUUACAAUUAUAUCAGAGUAUUAAAGAGAAGUUGAUAAGUUUAUUGGCUAGACUCAAUCCUUAAAGAGUCAUCUUUUAGGAUUUUGAAGAAGAGUUCGAUCUCAUAUUGCCUUACAUUGUCAAUAAAAAAUUGCCUUGUGAUAUUGUGGGAUAAAAGAGACUGAGUGAGUUUGUUCCUCUGAUUUCUGAUGAAUUGCAAUCUAAUGUCGAAAUCAAGAACAUUUUUGAUAGUAAUGAUGCAAAUGUCACGAGAACUCUACUAAAAAAAUUUGAAUAUUUGCUGUCGGGUAGAAAAUAUUUUAAAAGAUCUGAUAUCUAAGCUAUACACUCUAGACUUAAGAUUAGUGAGGCAGUAUUUGAAGAAUUUAUUUAUAUUAUCGAAAAAGUUAUCUAAUAAUAUGAUACUUCACUUUUAUGGAUGAUAGAGGCCAUAAAAGAAUGGAAAUAUAUCAUAAUAACUGUCUGA